AUGACGGCUGAAGAUGCUGCGGGCGAGUCUGACGUGCAAUCUAUAAACUCCGAUGCGCCUCCAGCCUGGAAUUCAGAUGAUGAGCCUCCAGAGGACCAUGAAGGAGAUGAGAACACCUGCAGUCGGGAUGGGGCAGUCAAGAAGGUUAUCAAAAAGGUGGGCAAGGGUCUGGAGAGGCCUGGACAAAACGACAUCGUGACGGUCCGUUUCUCCACACUUCAGCUGGAUGCCCCACCAAUCAAAGACGUCCCCGGCGAGAUCACCGUGGAGAUGGGAGACAACAAGCUGCCACUUGCAAUUGAGUUUGCUGUGAAAAAUAUGCGUGUGGGGGAGGUUGCGGAGGUGCGAGCGCCUGCAGCCUACAGCUUGAUACUUUCGCCGCUCUGUGGCCGUCAGCUGCGAACCCAGCCAGGGGUCCUUCCGAAGACGGGCAAGGUGAAGAGGAAGCUCCGCUUCCUGCCAGCCGCCCCAAACCAGCUGGCUGAGCAGGCAAAGUCUGACCUCCUCAAGUUCCGCAAGGCUCAGGAAUCAGCUGCCAACGGCAGUGGCAGCACGGGCCCAGCUUCGCCGCCAAUGUUCCGGGCACGGGUAGAGCUUCUGGGCUUCGAGUGCGUGCAGUCGCUGACGGAGGACCGCAGCGUGACCAAGCGCAUCAUUCAGACUGGGUCUUCGCGCAGAAGGCCCCGUCGAGGAGAUGCCAAGCACCAAGAAGAAACGUCACGCUUCAAAUGCUUCAAGAUCUGCAAGAAAGCGGGAGGAUGCUGA